AUGAAAGCGACGUCGAUCAUUUCGUUUCUUAUAUUAUUGCUUUUAAUAGCGAAAGGAUAUACAAUUACAAGAGCACGCCUUUCAAGGGAAACCUUUCGAAAAUUAAUAACAUUGAUUCUGCUUUAUAUUAUCGCGUAUCUUGCGACAUUUACUUUGCAAUUACGAUGCGUCAAAGACCAAAAAACCUGUUGUAAAUUUUUUAGAUUUCAAAAUGUACCCAAAUUACUUUUUGGAGAAGGGACAUACGAUGCAGCAAAAACUAUUUCUAGUUCAGAGUCUCUACUUAAUUAUAUGUUUGUUGGAUUACGCUUAAUUGCUUGGUUAUGGUACUGCACGAGCGUCUGCAUCACAGUCUCAAAAUAUCCGCUUAAAAGGAUGUUCUGGAUGAAUCCAGUCAGUGUAUUCAUUGCGAAAUUUUUGCUGGAUAAUUGGGUUCGUACUGAAAUGGUUAAUGCUGUGGACAAUUGCGUCAUGGCAUAUGGAUUUAUAGUGCUUUUGGUUCUUAUGUGCCCAUCGUCAGUGAAUACCAAUUUUCCAUAUCAUGUUCGAACAACCCAAAUCACUGAUACUAAUACAGAAAUUAGGAAUGCUAAUUUUCCACAUCAUGCGUAUGAGGUUCGAUAUUUUUCAAAUCCAAAGCCAAUUUCGUCUAAUCGAAAAUACAUUGGUAAUGAUGAUAAUACUGAUGAUCAUGUAGUAUCAUGUAAUUAA